CCUCCAUCAUGUGACCAAAGAAACAAAAAAGAAAAAACCGAUGCAAUAAUGGUUUCUGUACAGCACAUUAGUGGGACAAAUGAUCCAUACGGACGCAAUCCCACAAGGAAAGACACCGAAGAUAAAAAGGCAAACGGCAGUCACGGAAAAAUGGAAGAACUUAAAUCGUUUGCACAAGAUACAACUCUACACGGGGCUAGAUUUUUGUUCGCUAACAACAUUUUCAGAAGACUGUUAUGGACCGUGGCUGUUAUAGUGUGCUUCGGUCAUUGCUGCUAUCAAGUUUUCACCUGUGUGAGUGAAUUUAACAAACGACCUUUCAACACGAAAAUAACAGCUAAUACCAGCACUGAUGACGGCGUUCUCUUCCCCGCUGUAACGCUGUGCAAUCUCAAUUCCCUCAACACUCGAAGAUACGUGCAAAUGAUGUCAAUGCAUGAAAACAGAUCGAUAAUUGAGAGAAAAUUGAAAGACAUUACUCUUUUGUCAAGACGAUCCAAAGAGAUAUCAAGCCAAGACUUCCAAAAUCGCAAUCCCGGGCUUUUUGUUCGCCAAAGCACCGCCAAUACUACAAAGCAGUUACAAGGGCUAUUUAGCCAUCAAAUUGAAGAAAUGCUUUUACCAGGGAGUCCGCAUUUCGAGUCUUGCUCCUUCAAUGGAGAGCGCUGCGACGCAAAGAACUUUUCCAGUUACCAAAGCUUCAUGUUCGGAAAUUGCUACACGUUCAAUUCUGCAGAAGUCAGCAAUCCACCGCUACAAGCAACCAUAGCCGGCCAAUACAGUGGUUUAAAGCUUCGACUCAAUAUUGAACGUGAGGGCUAUCUGAAGAAUACUUUAAACCCGUUUGUAGGGCUUGUAAUUCUCUUACAUGACCAGAAGACAUUUCCAAUUGUGGAAGAGUUUGGCAUUAAAGUUCAACCGGGUGUUUCUACCCUUUGCGCCAUAAAGAGAAGAAAGGUAAAUGAAAAAAAAAAAAAAAACCAAAACAAAACAAAUAGUAUGCAUUUUUAAAAAUCAGUUCCUCUAUCCCCCUCUUCAGCCUGUCUUCUGACUCUAAUCUCUAUAUCAGAAGGAAAAAGAAAAAAAUUGAAAUUGAUGGUUAAAACUUUGAAUGAUCAGUCUCCGGAGUACCUGAAAUGCCUAUUUAAACCCUUCAGCGCGAACUAUGGACUUAAAAAUAGUGAAAACAAACUGGCUCUGCCUAAGCCCCGUAGCGAUUUUUUGAAACGUAGUUUCUGCUACGUUGGGGCACAUUCGUGGAAUAGCCUUCCAUCUAACGUCAGAGCCAUUACAUUUUUUAUUAACUUAAGAUAUGAGAUAAAUCGCCAACUGUCCUCCUCGUACUCCCACACGGCAAACAUGUCAACCAGUUUUCUUUUACUAUCUCAAUCUUAUAACUGAUGCUUUUAUCGAGUCUAAAUAAAGUGUGUAUAAGUUCUAGUUUUUUGGCAAGAUGCAUUACUAUUAACAUAUCCUUUUUAUUACAGAUAAUUAACUUGGAAAAGCCCUAUGCAACUAACUGCACAAAACGAUCCCUUGCCGUGUUUAACAGCAACUCGUACACUGCCUACACCAAAGCAGCUUGUCUCUUGAACUGUCGCAACGAGUACACCAUCGAAACCUGCGGCUGUACUCCACUUGAAUUUAAAGGACUUAAAGGUAUGAACCGGCCAUCUCACCCUAACAGAACCUCACACAAGUAAUGACAAGAUUGUAAGCUAUUUCCUCAAGAAGAGCAAAUCGAGACAUAUAUAAACUAGCUAGGCGAUGCCGUUCGUGAGGCCUUAGAAAGCGCGGUUCAAAUGUAAUAUUUCACCUUCAACGACCGGCGCAAUGCAUUGAAACAAUGAAAGUCAGAUACUCAAAUGUAUAUCCUCCGUACAUCGAAAAGAAGCUCCCCCUGCACCAGAAGCUAAUUACAGGGGUAAGCCCUGGUACACACAUCCAACCUAAAGUUACUCAAAGUGCAAACCAAAGUAGCAGGAAAAAUUUGCU